AAAAUUGGUGGCCGGUGGGGGGGGGGGCGUGGGGGGGAGUAUCAGAUUGAGAAACAAUUGCAUCGGAAGAACUGAGGAAGAAAUUUUCAAAGGAGUGAUCUAGGGUUAGACGUAAGAGAAUCUCAAAGCCUGUGUAUUAGAUGAUAUAUUCCAAUCUCAACCCUCAUAUAUUUAUAGGUUUUCAUGUGUUUUUCGGUUAUACAAUGCUUCAGGCUUUGAUAGUAAAGCGAGUUUAAUGUGAAGGGAUCACUCAUUGCAAUGGUUGAGAGAUGAACGUUUAUCAGAGGCUGAGAAAGAGAAGGAGAUGAGGAGACAGGGUAAACCGAAAGUUAAAUGGAAAAGAAAGUGAUUGCAGCGUUUCAGAUGAUCACCGAUUAUUAAUUAUGAUGGGCUUCAUAGUUUUGAUAAUGAGCUCUUUAGCUAAAUAUAAGAUGACCCAACAAAUAAUAAAACCCACGAAACAACAUCUAAAUGAAACGCGGCUUGGAUGUGUGUUUAGACACGUGUCGACGCCUAAUGAACCUAAUUUCUGACGUGGCACUCCUUAGAAGGAGAGAGUCUCUUCUUUAUAGUAUAAGAUUGUUCAAUAUACCUCUCAUUAUUUAAUACUCCUAUAAUUUAAAAUUCAUUAUUUAAUACUCCUAUAAGCAUAUAAUAUUAUAAAAUAUUAAAAUAUGCAAAUAAUAUAUAUUUUAUGAUAAAAUAUAUUAAUAUAAAUGUUUUAAUCGUUUGAUUCACUAGUGCUUCAUUUGAUCCAUCUGAUUUGUUUUAGUUUCACUCAUUCUAAUAUUUAAUUUUAAAAUUCAAAAUAAUAAUAAAUAUGUUUAAAAUAAUUUUCUAUUAUUUUGAAUAAAAUUUUAUAUAUUUUAUUUCUAAAGUAUAUUUAAAAUAGCUUUUAAAUUAUGAAAAGAAAUAGUAUUUAAAUUUUAUAUAAUUAAAUUUUUGAAGUACUUAGAACCGCUUUUUAUCCAUUUUCACUAUUCAAAUAUAUGUUAUGAACAGAUAGAUUGUACCAUUCGAUUUACUUGAACCAUUUUUGUUCCGUUCAAUCUGUUUGAUUUUUUCGAUCCGCAACACUUUAUCCGCUUUCUCCAUUCGUAACCUUACAAAUAACUUUUAAAAGUAUAAAACCGACACUUAUGGACCACAAAACGACAUUUCAACACUAAGAAUUUAUAGCAUAAAGAGAAAAACAGAGGAAUAAUAAAUCACAGCUCUCAUUCAACACUAAGAAUUUAUCAUUUCUAAUAAUGGCCGGAGCCGUAAGUCUCUGGAGGAGAGAGGCCGUGUUCUUGACGGCCAUGCUUGCGUCCGAAACUGGUAUCGUAGGAAUGAAUACUCUUUUCAAAGCAGCGACUUCAAAGGGACUCAACUCUUACGCUUUCCUAGGCUAUUCUUAUCUUCUUGCUUCCCUUCUACUUCUUCCUUCAAAUAUCAUCUCCAACAGGUCAAGAUCACUUCCUCCAUUAAGUUUCUCAAUACUUUCUAAGAUAGGACUUCUUGGACUAUUAGGUUCAAUGUAUGUGAUCACAGGGUAUAUAGGCGUUAAAUACAGCAACCCAACCUUAGCUUCAGCUAUUAGCAAUAUCACUCCUGCUCUUACCUUUAUCCUAGCCAUUAUCUUCAGAAUGGAGAAAGUAAAUUUCAAAGAAAGGAGCAGUGUAGCCAAAGUGAUGGGGACAGUAUUGUCGUUAGUAGGCGCACUUGUGGUAGUUCUGUACCACGGUCCAAGUGUCUUCGUUGCAUCUUCUCCGCCGUAUCUACACUUCCGUCAGCUUUCUCCGUCGUUAUCUUCUUCAAACUCCGACUGGAUCAUCGGUGGAUGUCUUCUUACCAUUAAAGACAUCUUCGUUUCUAUUUCUUUCAUACUUCAGGCACAUAUAAUGACUGAAUACCCAGCAGCAUUUACUGUCUCCUUUUUCUAUUCGAUGUGUGUUUCAAUCUUGACCUCGUUGACUGGACUCGUGGUCGAGAAGGACAAUCCAAGCAUUUGGAUCAUUAGAUUCGACAUUACAUUGAUAAGCAUUGUAACUAUGGGAAUAUUCACUCCAGUAUACUACGUGAUUCAUUCAUGGACAGUGCGUUACAAAGGACCUCUUUACUUAGCGAUAUUUAAGCCAUUGUCCAUUUUAAUAGCGGUUGUUAUGAGUGCUAUUUUUCUCGGCGAUUCUCUCUAUCUCGGAUGUUUGAUAGGAGGAGUUUUGAUAACGUUAGGGUUUUACGCUGUAAUGUGGGGGAAAGCAAACGAAGACAAGACUCGGUUGUUGACACUUUUAGAAAACGAGAAAACGCCUCUUCUGUUGAAUCACAACGACGACCAAAUUUAAUUAUUUGAAACAAUUUGUAACCAUACUUUAGAAUGUGUACAUGCAUAUAGUAUAUCGUUUCUUUUUUUGGUCUGAACAUACUAUUAGUAUUUUGUAGGGAAAAAAAACAUACUAUGUGUACUGUGUAGAACUUGAAAAUGGUCAUCUAAUUGUUAAAACUAAUUAACGGUA